UAUAAAUAUAUGUUGUAUUUCCACUAAAUAAUGUGGAGUUGGAGUUUCCAAAUGUGACCACUUUUCCCUAAAACAACUUCCGCUAUGUUGCCGGAAGUGACAAAAGAAAGUAAACACGGGAGCUGUCAGUGGAUUCAGAAAUUAAGAUUUCAUUGCGAGUAAACGGAGCGAUUUCAAAAAGAUAUUGUGCUUUUUAUAUACACUAAGAGACUUUUGUAUGGGAAACUGGUGCAAAGUCUAAUAAAGGGAUCAGGAGUGACACCGUCCUGCAAUGUUCACAGACAUGGACUAUGAGUUAGAGGAGGAUAAACUUGGUAUACCAACAGUACCUGGUACUGUGUGUCUGAAGAAAGAUGCUAAUAACCUUAUAGGGAUCAGCAUUGGUGGUGGGGCACAGUACUGUCCGUGUCUCUACAUUGUUCAGGUCUUUGAUAAUACCCCGGCCGCUCUGGAUGGGACACUGGCAGCAGGUGAUGAGCUCACGGGCGUGAAUGGGAAACCAGUGAAGGGAAAGACCAAAGUGGAGGUCGCCAAGAUGAUUCAAGCUGUACAGGGAGACGCAGUAAUCCACUACAACAAACUGCAGGCAGACCCCAAACAGGGGAAGUCUCUGGAUAUAGUGCUGAAGAAAGUCAAACACCGCCUGGUCGAGAAUAUGAGCUCAGGCACAGCAGAUGCUCUUGGACUCAGUAGAGCUAUUCUAUGCAACGAUGGACUGGUCAAACGACUGGAAGAGCUGGAGAAAACAGCAGAGCUCUACAAAGGGCUGAUGGAGCACACGAAGAGACUGCUCAGAGCUUUCUUUGAGCUUUCUCAAACUCACAGAGCGUUUGGAGAUGUUUUUUCAGUCAUCGGCGUACGAGAGCCCCAGGCUGCCGCCAGCGAGGCUUUUGUGAAGUUUGCCGAUGCUCACCGAAACAUUGAGAAAUACGGUAUUAAGCUGCUGAAGACCAUCAAACCUAUGCUCCACGAUCUGAACACGUACCUUCACAAGGCCAUACCAGACACCAAGCUCACCAUCCGCAAGUACCUGGAUGUGAAGUUUGAAUAUCUGUCAUACUGCCUGAAGGUGAAGGAAAUGGACGAUGAAGAAUACAGCAGUAUUGCCAUGGGAGAGCCCCUGUACCGCGUCAGCACUGGUAACUAUGAGUACCGGUUGGUGCUGCGGUGUCGGCAGGAGGCUCGCGCUCGCUUCGCCAAAAUGAGGAAGGAUGUUCUGGAGAAGAUAGAGCUGCUGGAUCAGAAACAUGUCCAGGACAUCGUGUUCCAGCUGCAGCGCUUCGUCUCAGGCAUGUCACAUUACUAUGACGAGUGCUACGCCAUCCUGAAGGAGGCAGACGUCUUCCCCAUCGAAGUGGACCUCUCUCGCACCACGAUCAACUACGGCAGCCAGUCGCUCUCCUACGCUGGAGACGAGGAUGAGGAGGAGGAAGAGGAGAGCGGGGGCGGAGAGGAAGGAGGGAGCAGCACAGGGAGACAAGCAGAGAACGGCGCUGAGAAACUGAUCGAUGACGAAUGAGUGUGUGUGUGUGUGUGUGUGUGUGUGUGUGUGUGUGUGUGUGUGUGUGUGUGUGUGUGUGUGUGUGUGUGUGUGUGUGUGUGUGUGUGUGUUUGUGCAGAUGAAGUUCACCCCUCUAACAUAACUGUUCUUCACUUGCAUUUAAUGUCGAUGCACUCCCCAAGUAGUGGAUUAUACUGUAGCAGUUGAAAUGGAUAACACUAUCAUAUAGGUGAAUACUACUGAAAACUGCUGCUAUAACGCUGUAUGUGGGUGUGUCGGUGGUGUUUUCUUCCCCAAAAACUCUCAAAUCAACGGCUUUGUGAUUAUUUUACCACAGUAACUUUUGACUGUCAACAUUUCCUUUUAAAAGACUUCCUGCUUGUGAUGGGUCGGCCACAUGUAAGGUCAUUGCUUAAUGACUGUGAGAGAGACACAACUCACAGAAGGCCAUUUAGUUUUAUUCUGAAUGCUGUGGAGGGGAUUUUAAUGUGCAGAGUAGGAUUUAUAUGCCUAUGAGGUGUGCCUUCUUAGCUCUCUAUUGUGCGGAAUGGGUCUGGGCCGCCUGUCAAUGUGCAUAUUGUGGAUUGUUAAAGUUAUAGAUAUUUACAUUUUUAUUUUGUUAUUUUCUUUGCUACAAACUUUUUGGACUUGGGAUUUAUUUAGCUAAAAUGAUAUUUUGUGGUCAAUGUUAAGUGAUAUUUUGUCCACAGCUUAACAAACAAAUGACACGACUAUAAAUAUAGAAACAUGUGAAGGAGUUGUUGAAGAUGACUGACAGACAUAAUUCUGUUCCUACGUGUAGUUUGUUACAUGCAGCUGUUACAUUCCUUUGUCUUCUGCUUUUUUCUUGUUCUUAACACUUAAAAAAAAAAUAGUUUCUAUCAUGGGAGAGCUUGCAUUUGCCAGCUGUGAAAAGCUUCACAACCAAAGUCUUUUUUUAAGUGAAUCUGUUUCACCUACUCGUACCACAUGCUUUAAGUUCAAGUUUACACACCUGCAUUUCUCACUUUCCUUCAACAGCAGACUUUUUUCCAUACCAGCAGCGCCCCAGACUCUGGUAGUAUUUCUUUUUAGGAGGAGAAGGGUAAUGGACACACACACAGCUUCAAAUAGCUUUACCACUGUGUGGAAACGGAUUGAAAAUGCUUUAUGUUUAAGUAUGUACAAAGGGAGUGAGUGUAAAAACUCUGAUGUUUUAACUUUUCCUUGUCAUUCCCACCUUAUUUAUUUGUUUGUCAAAGUAUAUUUAAAAGUUUUAAUGAGACAAAUUGAUUCUAUAUUGAAUAUUAUCCACUUUCUGUUGCUCUUUGUUUUCUGUCAAAUUCGUUUUGCCUUCAGAGGGGAUAAGAUGAUUUUGUGCAUUUUCAUGAUUUACUGUUGGGAACACUUGGAGGCAGCAUCGCACCAAUUAGUGCAUUAUUAGUUCAUGUGUGAAAUUCCAAAAAACAUUUUGUUCGUGUAUUGUUUUCCUUGAAUGUAAUCAAUCAGAAGGACCAGCUGCAUGUUAUUUUGUCUUGCACAGAUCGGGCUAUGAGUAUAAUGAUGAUGUAGUGUUUGGCCUACUUUAAAGGGAUAUUGUUUUUUUUCAAUUAACGAUGGAUUAAAUAAAAAAUGUAAGUUAA